GGAAACUGAAGGAGAAAUGAAACUUAAUCAAAUGUGAAACUCUAGCGAGCACUUGAUAUGCAUUUUCGUAUUGAAUUUCCCUUCCAGCUUCUAUCGCACAAUCGCUUUUAUUCGAAAAUUGCACGAACAAAAUAAUACCUGUGCUGUUUGCCGGAAGCUGAAGAAAAAUGUAUGUGAAUGCUUUUCGGUUUUUUCAAUUUAAAGCAUUUAAGUUGCAAAUAUAUAUGUAUCCACCUCUGCGGCUUCAAUGCACAAAUUCAAGUUAAAACCGCAUGUGCAGUACUUUAAUUGUAUUAUUGUUCACCAUUUAUCGCAAUCCCUGCAGCGUUGGCUUCCUGUUAAUUGCUUUGUAGACAAAUUAUAAAAAGCUCGACUUUGGCAUUGUUUCGGCGGCAUUCUGGAACACUUCAAAAGCAGACGAAACCACGGCGUAACCAUGACCAUGACUAUGACUCUUUGCCCGCAAAAACAACCUAGAAACGUAUAACUCUUUUUUUUCCCCCGACCAGCUGGGUCAGUUUUAAUUUAACUUUGACAUGCAUCAGCUAAAAAAUCCAAUUACAAACACAAAUGUAAACAGAGAUAGUAGAGAGAGAGAGAGAGAGGACAUGGAAAAAGGACCUUAUUUUUUUUGGUCGAAAGACUAGAAAACCCAUUAACGCGUUUUUGCCCUCCAUAAAGAUGAAGAUUUAUAAAGCCAUUAAUUUGGCCCAAGCGGCGAAAAAAUGUAUACAAAAUUUGUGAGUGAGUGUGUGAGUGAAAAGUGCUGAGCCCAUGGAAGCUGCAGUGAAACCCUAGAAAUGUCCAGUCAGGCAGGAAAACUGCGUCCGGGUUCCUCAACCAAGCCCGAUCGCAAUGCGAAUGAGGAGAACCAACUGGGCGCCAAGCCCAAGAGCCAAAGAACGGACAAUCAUCAUCAGAAUCAACCGAAGAUGUUGCCACAUCCCAACUACAUGGAACUGGAGUUCCUUGCCACGGAUCCCACGGCAUCGGCGCAGAGUACGGCCUAUCCGGACUUACCAGUUAGCUAUGCCACCUGUUUGGUGGGUCCACCACCGUACAGGGAUCCGCUGCCUCCCACACCACCGCCCCUCUCCCAAAUGCCAUCGAGGCUGCUCCACUCGGCCCCCAAUACGCCCAGUCGUGGCAAGGUGGUGCUCAGCAAGAAGGAGCGCAAGGAGCUCAGCAAGCAGCUGGGAAUCGACGAAUCCUCGAUCCUGAGCAGCAGUGCCCAGUCGAGUCCCUACAAAGGACGUGUGAGUGAGCUGAAGAACUGCAUAGCUCGUGGCCUGUUUGCCACCCUUCAUAGGGGCUCACAGAAGUCGCUGCAGCAGCAGGAGGAAAGGCCCAUCAGUCAGGAGAUAUCCCCGCCUCCUCCAGCUCCAGAAUCAGCCAAUAAUAAUGAAGAUGUGGCGGAUUACUCCGAAAAGCUAAGGAAUCUACCAGUGAGACAGCGCAAGGCUGCCACCUCGCACAUGGAGAACUACUGUCUCUUUGAUCCCGUGGACUUUAUCAACGAGAAAGCCAUGAGAUAUCCCAGUACUCAAGCCCACGGAUUGAGGGAUCCCCUUUUCAGCUCAAGACAGCACUUGGUCUGCGAGGAUGAAGAUGAACUGGUGCCAGAAGUAAUAUACGAUAACGAGGAGCUCGAGUUGGAGGAGACUAUUAUCAUAGAGACUUCAGCUAUGCCAGAAGCGGAAUCAGAAGCAGAACCGACUGCCAAAAAUUCAGAGACCAUGUCUAGUUUUGAUCACCACAACUACUUUAUUAUAGACCCAGCGAACUUUCCCAUGGACAUCGGCAUACCUAAUCCCUAUACCAACGAGCAGCUGGUGAAUGCCAAGUUGGAGCAACAGAACCUGGAGAAGCUCUUCAACGAACUGGAGAACACUGCCAGCAUGUCGAACAGCCAGGAGUCCAAAGAUACGGAGACCACAUCCACGGCCCUCGUAGAAUCAUCCACCUCAACGAACUCAGCAAGUUCCGCGGGCAGCUGUUCCCUGGCCAAUCCCGCCCAGCAAUCGAUGAAGAAAAAGCUGACAUUUCUGAAUCUUUCGCCCUUUCGCAGUGGCAAAAAGUCUAUCGACAAAAAUACUUCUGAGCAGCAACGUGCCAUUUCCGAGCUGGUCAGCACGGAUCACAUGUUGCACCUGCAACAGUUGUUGCAGCAACAGCGAAAGGAUCAGCGUUCGCACACGGUUCCAACGGAGUCCAACUAUGUGCUCUUCAACCCGGGCCCAGUGCCUAGUCGACAUGUCCAGUACAAGAUACGCAAACCACGACCUCUAUCAACCCACAGCGAUGCGGAUAGUGGUUUCCUAUCGCCCUGCUCCCCCGAAGAAAUGCGUGCGAAUCCGGCCAUUUUGGUGCUUCAGCAGUGCGACAGUGUUCAGGGAUAUAUGGAGGUAAGCCGAUUUGUCAAUUUUGUUUGCCUGCUCGAUGCUGUCGAUGCUAAUAAGUUGUAAGUGGAUUAGGAACAUAUCAGAAAACCUUGGCAAGUUGGAAGAACAGAAAUGUGAAUUUUGCAAAAGUAUAUAAUUAAAUUUGUAGAGUUAUUUGUAUGUAUGGACAAAUCUACACCGACUGGGCCAACUAUUACUUGGAACGUGCCAAAUCGAAAAGAAAGGUCACAGACCUCUCCGCCGACUGUCGAGAUGGACUGCUCCUCGCCGAGGUUAUCGAGGCGGUUACCAGCUUCAAGGUGCCCGAUUUGGUCAAGAAGCCAAAGAAUCAACAGCAAAUGUUUGACAACGUCAACUCGUGUCUGCAUGUGCUGCGAAGCCAGUCGGUCGGCGGCUUGGAGAACAUCACCACCAAUGACAUCUGCGCCGGCCGCCUGAAAGCCGUGCUCGCCCUCUUCUUCGCCUUGAGUCGCUUCAAGCAGCAGGCCAAGCAGACCAAAUCCAUCGGCGUUGGCUGCGGCGGCGGAGUGGGCGGUUCCUCGUCGACUCUCACCGGCAGCGGCUCGGUCCUGGGAAUCGGAAUCGGCGGACUGAGGACUCCGGGAUCCAGUCUGAACCAGGAUAAGAAUCAGCAGGAGCAGCAGCAGCAGCAGCAGCAACAACAAACGCCACAGCAGUUGGCCCAAUCGCUGGAAAACGGCAAUGAGAUGGUGAAUCGACAAAUUGCCCCCGCCUACGCAAAGGUCAAUGGCGGAACUGCCAUUCCACUGCCCGCCACCGUGAUGGUUCAACGUCGCUGUCCGCCGGAUAAAGUGCGUCCACUGCCACCCACACCGAAUCACACGCCAUCAAUACCGGGACUUGGAAAGAGCGGAAGUGAUUUCAAUACCAGCCGUCCAAACAGUCCGCCCACCAGCAACCACACGAUUCAGAGCCUCAAGAGCGGUAACAACAACAGCCUCCGACCCCCGAGCAUUAAGAGCGGCAUUCCCUCGCCGAGCAGUCCGCAGACCGCUCCCCAGAAGCACUCGAUGCUGGACAAGCUGAAGCUCUUCAACAAGGAGAAGCAACAGAAUGCGGUAAACGCCGCCUCGGUGGCCAGCAAAACGCAGAUUCAGUCCAAAAGGACAUCCUCCUCAUCGGGCUUCAGUUCCGCACGCUCGGAGCGCUCUGAUUCCAGCCUGAGUUUGAAUGACGGUCAUGGCUCCCAGCUGAAACCACCCAGUAUUAGCGUGAGUUCCCAGAAGCCCCAGCCCAAGACGAAGCAAUCCAAGCUGCUGGCUGCCCAGCAAAAGAAGGAACAGGCCAACAAGGCGACCAAGCUGGACAAGAAGGAGAAGAGUCCGGCGAGGUCCUUGAACAAGGAGGAAUCGGGCAAUGAGUCCCGCAGCUCCACAAUGGGCAGGACUGGCAAGUCUUCGUUGGUCCGUGCAGUUGGUGGUGUGGAGAAGAAUACACCCAAGACGUCCUCGAAGUCCUCGCUGCACUCGAAGUCGGACUCGAAGAGCUCCUUGAAGGCGCCCCAACUCCUCCAGAGUCCCAGUAGCGGGGGAUUGCCCAAGCCCAUUGCCGCCAUCAAGGGCACCAGCAAGUUGCCCUCCUUGGGUGGUGGUGCUGGCCACCUUCCGGCUGCAGAAUCCCAGCAGAAUCAGCAGCUGCUCAAACGCGAAACCAGCGACAUAUCCUCGAACAUAUCCCAGCCACCGCCGGCUGAGCCACCCAUCAGCACACAUGCACAUAUCCAUCAGAAUCAGACGCCACCACCUCCCUACUAUGCGAAUAGUCAGCCAACGAGCCACAUAUCAUCGCAUGGGUUCCUGAGUGAGCCCAGUACUCCGCAGCACAGCUCGGGUAUUUACGGCAGCAGUCGCCUUCCGCCACCAAAGUCCGCCCUGAGUGCCCCUAGAAAGUUGGAGUACAACGCCGGACCUCAUAUACUGUCCUCGCCAACGCACCACCAACGGCAAGGACUGCCGAGACCGCUGGUCAACUCGGCUCCCAACACACCCACCGCCUCGCCAAACAAGUUCCACACGAUACCCUCUAAGAUUGUGGGCACGAUCUACGAGUCCAAGGAGGAGCAGUUGCUCCCAGCACCACCACCAGCCAGUGGGGGCUCCUCCAUCCUGCCCAUGAGACCUCUGCUUCGGGGCUACAACUCACACGUGACCCUGCCGACGAGGGGGGCUCGCGGUGGCCACCACCCACAUCAAUCCUACCUGGACUUUUGUGAGUCGGACAUUGGCCAGGGCUACUGCAGCGAUGGCGAUGCUCUGCGAGUGGGCAGCUCCCCGGGGGGAUCGCGAUUCCACGACAUUGACAACGGUUACCUUUCGGAGGGUAGCAGCGGUCUAAAUGGGCCCAGCUCGUCCGCAGGAGGCAUCUCACCUGGAAAGCACUUUCUCAGCAUGAUGCGGGCACGAACCCAAUUGCCCACCACCAUCGAAGAGCGUAUUCGCAACAGUCGCGGCUCCUUGGACAGCAUUGGAACCGCCGCAAACGGCAGCUCAGCGGCCAGCCAGGCCAGCUCCAGCGGCGGCUCCACCACUACCCACGCCCAAAACAACAACAAUAACAACAACAAUAACUCGGGAGGCGGCGCUAAAAUGGAUGGCAGUCCCCACCAUCGGCCAGGAUCUCGAAAUGGGCGCGAUAACUGGAGCAAAAUGCCGGAACCGCUCAACGGCCAGAAGGUGGAAAAGUCGGACAAGUCGUCGCCAUCCCGUCGCAGCAUGGGCGGCGGUGGGAGUGGCAGUUCCUCCAAGCAGGGAUCGCCCUCCUCAUCCUCGCGAACCAAGGGCGUUCCGCCCAGUUUUGGAUACGUAAAGCGGGCCAACGGCAGCAUCGCCUCCACCGCCGAACAGCAGAACAUCGCCAUGAUGAUGGCCGCCGGUGGAGCGGGAGCCAAUGGUCUGCCCUGCGGUCGUACCGCUCAUGUAUCGGCGGUUCCGCGGACAGCCAGCGGUCGCAAAGUUGCCGGCGGCACACAGACCCUGCCCAAUGACAUGAACAAGCUGCCCCCGAAUACUCAGCAUCGAAGCUUUUCCUUGACCGGACCCACAGCCACUCAACUGAGUCAGUCGAUUAGGGAGCGACUGGCCACCGGAUCACACAGCCUACCAAAGCCGGGCAGCGAUUUGCACGUAUUUCAGCACAGAAUAUCCAAUCGUGGAGGAACUCGUCACGACGGAUCCCUGUCCGAUACGCAAACUUACGCCGAGGUCAAGCCAGAAUAUAGCUCAUACGCCAUGUGGCUAAAGCACAGCAAUACGGCUGGCAGUCGGCUGUCCGACGGCGAGUCCGUGGAGCAGCUGCAGAUUGGAUCCCCGGCGUUGACCCGACAUGGUCACAAGAUGAUACACAAUCGGUCCGGAGGACCAGGUCAGAUGGCGGGUCAAAUGUCGGGCAAUGAGUCGCCCUACGUGCAAAGUCCGCGCAUGAACCGCAGCAAUAGCAUAAGAUCGACGAAAUCCGAGAAGAUGUAUCCCUCGAUGAUGAGUCGUGCUGGGGAGGUGGAAAUCGAGCCCUACUACUGCCUGCCCGUGGGCACCAACGGUGUGCUAACGGCCCAAAUGGCAGCUGCCAUGGCUGCUCAAUCGCAGGCGGCCCAGGGGAAUCCCGGCGUGGGCGUUAACGUGGGAGGCGUGGCCUGGAGCCAGCCAACCUCACCUACCCCCCUCACCCGCGGCCCAUUCAACACAGCGGCAGGUGCAUCGGUGCUAUCGCCCACCCAUGGAACCACAUCGGCCGCAGGACUCGUGGGUCCUGGCGGGGGAGCAGGUGGUGGUGCAAUGGUCGGGCAUCGGCUGACAUAUCCCAAGAAGAAUGACGAAGUUCACGGCAGUGCCGCCUCCUUGCUGUCCGGAGGCAGUUCCCUAUACGGAAACGCGGAGGAGCGGCAGGCGCACGAAAUCCGGAGACUGAAGCGCGAGCUGCAGGAUGCCCGGGAUCAGGUGCUCAGCCUGAGCAGCCAGCUGUCAACCAAUGCCCAUGUGGUCACCGCCUUCGAGCAGUCGUUGUCCAACAUGACCAACCGACUGCAUCAGUUGACGGCGACGGCGGAGCGAAAGGACGGCGAGCUGACGGACAUGCGGCAGACCAUCGAGCUGCUGAGGAAGCAGUCCAUCCAGGCGGGACUGACCACGGCGCACAUGCAGAGCAUGGGCGUCCAGACCCAGGGUCAAGGUCAGGUUCAGGGUCAGGCGCUGGGUCAGGCGCUGGGUCAGCCGGGUUCGGAUCAGAAGCCACCGAACUCGGGUUCCCAACGCGCCAUCAAUGCCAACAAUGGAUCCAUGCCACUGGGAAUGCAGCGCCAGCACAGCACCGACUCCAUGUGCUCGCUGAACUCCAUCAGCUCGGGCUGCUCGGCGGCCCAGGACAAGAACAAGGCCAACAAGAAGAAGGGCUGGCUGCGGAGCAGCUUCACCAAGGCCUUUUCCCGCAAUGCCAAGAUCUCCAAGACGAGUCGUCAUGUGGGUCACCAUCAUCAUCACAACCACUCGCAGCAAGAGUUGGCCUCUGGGAAACUUCCCCUGCACAAUGGUCACGGUGAACCCUUGGGACUGGCCUCGUUGGCCACUCAACCUGCUCCUCCCCUGCCGAAUAGCAAGCAGAGCAGUCCCGCCAAGACCGUCACCCUCAUAGACAAUGCCAAGCCCAUCGAUGCCAUUGACCAGGAGGAUCAGCAUGUGGUCGAGGACCUCAAGAAGCAGCUGCGCGAAAAGGAUCUCGUCCUGACCGAUAUUCGCCUGGAGGCCUUGAGCUCGGCCUCCCAGUUGGAGAGCCUCAAGGAGAUGAUGAACAAGAUGCGGGCGGAGAUGAUGUCCCUGAAGCACAACAAUGAGCGUCUCCAGAAGCUGGUGACCACGCGAUCCUUGGCUGGUUCGGAGGCCAGCUUGGGCCAGGCCAUCAGUCCCAAUGGAUCAGUGGCUGGAAGCUCUGAGGUGUCGAGGCGCUACUCCCUCGCCGACAGCAACAGUCGCCCACCCAUGGAACUCCCAGCUCGACUUAGUGAAGAACUUGAACUGGAGGAGGACUGUUUGCCACCUGCCCCGGCCCCCGAACAACCACCACCACCGGCCCCCAAUGGCGUCAGUGUGGCACCCCUUAGUCCCAGUACCCACGUAGACCUAACGCCACCGCCUCCUGCCUUGGAGGCGGCUCCUAUGGCCAGUCCGGUGCACAUGGCCAGUGCCACGGAGGAGUUGGCCGAUGUGUGCGAUGGCAAGAAGAUAGCCAUUGCCUGUUAUCUGGGUCAGCCAGAGGCGUUUGCCAAGUACUGUGAGGAGCUGCAGGAGCUCGAUGGCUUCUAUGCCAAUGGCCACGAGGCGGAUAGCCAAUCCCAAAGCGAGAGGAAGUCCAACUAUACCAGCGCCAGCUGCAACGAGUUCGUCAUAGCCUGCACCUAUAUAUCCGGCAAGACGACGUGGCAGAAUCUGGACUACGUGGUGCGCAAGACCUUCAAGGACUACGUGGCGCGCAUUGAUCCGGGCACCAAUCUGGGUCUCAACACGGACUCCAUUACCUCGUACCACCUAGGAGAGGCGAAACGGGGUCCCGAGAUGGGAUUCCCGGAACUCCUGCCCUGUGGUUACAUAGUGGGCAGCGUGAGGACCCUAUACAUUUGCCUCCAGGGUGUGGGAAGUUUGGCUUUCGACAGCCUUAUUCCGCGCAGCAUUGUCCAUCGAUACAUCAGCCUGCUCACGGAGCACCGACGUCUGAUUCUGUGCGGACCCAGCGGCACUGGAAAGUCCUAUCUGGCCCGUCGACUAGCCGAGUUCCUGGUAGCCCGCUCUGCCAGGGGCAAUCCUUCGGAGGCCAUUGCCACAUUCAAUGUUGACCACAAGUCCUCGAAGGAUCUGCGACAGUAUCUGGGCCACAUUGCCGAGCAGGCUGCCAUUGCCAAUGGAGUCUCCGAGCUUCCCUCUGUGAUUAUUUUGGACAACCUGCACCACGCCUCCGCCUUGGGCGACGUCUUCUCCUGUCUCCUGAGCGCUGGGCCCGCCAACAAGCUGCCCUGCAUCAUUGGCACCAUGUCACAGGCCACUUGCAACACCACCAACCUGCAGCUGCACCACAAUUUCCGAUGGGUGCUCACAGCUAAUCACAUGGAGCCCGUGAAAGGCUUUCUGGGUCGCUUCCUGAGGCGUCGACUCUUCCAGCUGGAACUGCAGACGCAACAUCCGCAGCCGGAGCUGGCGGCAGUGCUGGCCUGGUUGCCCUCCGUUUGGCAGCACAUCAACCGAUUCCUGGAGGUGCACAGCUCCAGUGAUGUAACCAUUGGGCCGAGGCUAUUCCUCGCCUGCCCAAUGGACCUGAAGGACUCGCAGGUGUGGUUCACCGACAUCUGGAACUACCACCUCUCGCCAUACUUGGUGGAGGCGGUGCGCGAGGGAGUUCAGCUCUAUGGACGACGAGGAGGUGCCUGGAACGACCCCUCCGCCUUCAUUAGGAACUCCUAUCCGUGGCCAUACGGUCCGGACUCAGUGCCUCCACUACGGCAAAUCAAUGCCGAGGAUGUGGGACUCGAAGGCGUGGCCCUAACCAACGGUGACCAACAGGAUCCCUUGCUCAACAUGCUGAUGCGCCUGCAGGAGGCGGCCAACUACUCGGAGGCCCAGGAUCAGGAGUCCGAUUGUGCCAGCCUGGACUCGAAUGUUACGCCCGAAAGUUCCGCUGGAGCCGAGUGAACAGCUAUAGAAACCAACCACUUCGUACAUGCCAAAUUUAGAUGAACUAACUGAGAGGAGUACGCCAGCUGAGGGUCCAAGAUAUGCACCCAAGAUAUCCUUGCCCCCGCACAAAUGAGACUUCUUGCACUACUUUCGCAGCGAGGUUCAAAAGCAGUUCCAAGAGUUUUCCAUUUGCACCACGUCACCAACCUUUCCAAUCAUCGUUUCUAGCCACUCCCUGCCAUCUAGAGUAAAUUGCACUUUUUAGCGCACUUGUUAAAAAUGCAAAUUGUCCUAGCCACAAACUGAACCUGAUAACGAAGCACUACCAUCCCAAAAAGCAAGGACCCCGGCUGCGUUUCCGAAAAACCCAAAUCUUGAGAAAAGGAAACUUCACUAACAUGAAAUGUUACAGAGAUAAGACGAGUGAAUUCAUUUUUGUACAUAUAGAUGAAAACUAACCCCAAGUCCCCCCUAUGCUUAAGUGUGAAUCUGACCGACGGUCUAGACUUUUUAUACCCUUUAUCCCAGCCCAGAGUCGGCGGAUCAUAUGAAUUAAAUCGCAACUAAUACCUAACUCUACUGUAAAUGUAGCUAUAAGUUUUUGCUACUACCAAUUUACAAGAUGUAUAGUUGAAGGAAAAAGCUUUCACUUUAGUUUAAUUAUUUGCGUAAUUAUCAUUAAAUAUUGUUACAAACAUAUUGCAUAUUUAUAAAGCCCAAUAAAGCAAAAUACCAUUAACAUAUUUAUUAUGCCAAGCGGCGCUUAAACACAGGAAUACGCGAAAGUGAAUACGUAAUGCCCCAUCCUCGAUAAAAUAGCUAAAUUUCCGAACUCCAGAUCCCUAUCGAAAGAUAAUCUUAUGUAAUACAAACUCAAGCAGCAAACUAUAUGAUACGAUAAAGCAAAUUAUGUGUCUCUGUCUAAUUUAAAUGUGUGCAUUUAUGAGAUAUGACAUCAAAUCAAAAUAAAAUAUAAUAUCGAACAAU